UAAUGUGUCUCCUGAGUGUUUAAACCCUGCUUGUUAAGGUAUGUGAGCUAGCCGGCUGGCUAACCGGUAGUUGCUUACGUUACUGAAGCGGCCAGUGAGCUGAAUUCAUCGCUAAGCUAGUUAGCUAAACAGCUAACUAACAUUACCGAAACGAAAUGGAGACUCGCUUCACUAGGGGUAAGUCCUCCAUCCUGGAGCGCUCCCUCACCAGACCCAAGACUGAGGUGAGUGUGAGCGCCUUCGCCCUGCUCUUCUCAGAAAUGGUGCAGUACUGCCAGAGUCGGGUGUACUCCGUGUCGGAGCUGCAGGGCCGCCUGGCCGACAUGGGCCAGAGUGUCGGUGCCAGUCUGCUGGAUGUUUUGGUGAUGAGGGAGAAGAAUGGGAAGCGAGAGACCAAAGUGCUGAACAUACUGCUCUUCAUCAAGGUAAACGUAUGGAAAGCCCUGUUUGGCAAGGAGGCUGAUAAACUGGAGCAGGCCAACGAUGAUGACAAGACAUACUACAUCAUAGAGAAAGAGCCACUAAUUAACGCCUACAUAUCUGUUCCUAAAGAGAACAGCACUCUGAACUGUGCAGCCUUUACUGGCGGCAUCGUAGAGGCUAUUUUGACUCACAGCGGAUUCCCUGCCAAAGUAACCGUGCACUGGCAUAAAGGAACCACACUUAUGAUCAAGUUUGAUGAGGCGGUUAUUGCUCGAGAUAAAGCUCUGGAUGGAAGAUAAAAGAUAAUAGUUUAGCAUUUUUUCCCCUCACUGCUGUUGAAAUUCCAUUAUGACCAUUGCAGACAUGACUGGGGAUAUUGAACGGGGACCAGUUCCUUGGUCAGUUCCUGAUCAGCUUUGUGAAUUUUUAAAUUUGAAUUAGCAGAAGUGCAACAAAAGAUUUGUUGCUGUGUUAAAUCAUUAGUGAAGUGACCACAUACAAAAAUACAAAAAAUACAAAGAUACAAAAAUCCUUUCAAACCUUGAAUGGAAGUUAUAUUGGUCUAUUUAUUUUGAAAGAUAAGAAACAACUACCACAUUUCAUUACACUAUAGGUCAGAACAGAGCUCAUUUACAUCUAUCACUGUUAUAUUCACAGUUACAAAUACCUGAGAAUCUUGAAAAUGGUCAUGUAAACAUUAAAUUAUCUGUUCAAAUUGUAUUGUGCAUAUAUCAAUAGUGUAUCGACUGUGUAAACUACAUACUGUAGUUUUAUUGUAUCCAGCCAGGGUGGAGAGGCAUGCAUACUGUGUAUUUCAUGCUUGCCUCUGGCCCUUGCCCUCGUGUUACUGGGCUCUUCUUACUAAGAAAAGCUAGAAGAUUAAUAUGGAGGACAGCAAAUGAUGGCACUCAUGUCUUAUGUCCAUAUAUUUUACGAUAAGUCUAAAACAUAAUAUAUAAUUAUGAUAACGGGCUAAUUCCACACUAUUGCAGUGCAACUUUUUAUUUAUAUUUUUUGUCACAUAUGCUUUCAGUAAAUUACUGUCAGUCUUUUUUGUAAAUGUGCUUCAUCUGUGUUUUGUAGAGGUCCUUUUCAUGACAGAUUUACUUGUACUAUUAUAAACACUAUUUAGUGUGAAUGCUUCACAGGAUUUUGUUAUAAUAAUGGAAACAGUGCUGCAAUAUCAUUGAAACUCUUGUCUUGUAAAGUUUCCAUGUAAUAAAAUAUUU